CGUCAGACCAGACAUUGGAUACAGACAACAACAGUGACAGUCAGAAGAAGACCGCAUUUCUGCAUGCAACCAGCUAUGGGUGUAGUCUGAAAAGUGGAAACAGUAGCGCACCGCAAUAUACCUCGAAGUUUUAUCCUCAUGAAGGAGCUCCGUCCUGGCUGAGUUUGGGAGAUGGGAGUACUAAAUAUUGCAGACCAGCCUCCACUGGUCCAGGCCAUCUUCAAUCGUAACGCUGAAGAAGUUCAACUAUUAUUGCACAAACAGGAGGAGGAUGUCAAUGCACUGGACCAAGAUCGCCGUACGCCACUUCAUGCUGCUGCCUGUGUGGGUGACGUCCAUAUAAUGGACCUCCUCAUUGAAUCAGGUGCCACUGUAAAUGCUAAAGACCAUGUAUGGUUGACCCCGUUGCACAGGGCAGCUGCUUCCAGGAACGAAAGGGCAGUGGGUCUGCUGCUGAGGCGCGGAGCGGAGGCGAAUGCACGAGACAAGUUCUGGCAGACACCGCUGCAUGUGGCUACUGCCAACCGGGCCACACGCUGCGCAGAGGCCCUGCUGACCCAGCUGAGCAACCUGAACAUGGCAGAUCGCACUGGCAGAACUGCCCUGCACCACGCAGCUCAGAGCGGGUUCCAGGAGAUGGUUAAGCUGCUGCUGAACAAAGGGGCCAACCUGAGUGCCAUCGAUAAGAAGGAAAGACAGCCUAUCCAUUGUGCUGCUUACUUGGGGCAUUCAGAGGUUGUUAAGUUGCUGGUGUCCCGCAGUGCAGACAAGAGCUGCAAGGAUAAGCAGGGUUACACACCUCUUCAUGCUGCUGCGGCAAGUGGUCACCUCGAAAUUGUAAAGUACCUACUGAGGAUGGGGACAGAGAUUGAUGAGCCCAAUGGCUUUGGAAACACUGCACUCCAUGUGGCUUGCUACAUGGGGCAGGAGGCUGUGGCUACCGAGCUGGUGAACCAUGGAGCUAAUGUGAACCAGCCCAACAAGUGCGGCUACACCCCCCUGCACCUGGCCGCCGUCUCCACCAACGGUGCACUCUGUCUGGAGUUGCUGGUCAACAAUGGGGCAGAUGUCAACCAGCAGAGCAAAGAAGGGAAGAGCCCCCUGCACAUGGCAGCCAUUCAUGGACGCUUCACACGCUCUCAGAUCCUCAUCCAAAACGGUGGGGAAAUUGAUUGUGUGGAUAAGUAUGGCAAUACUCCUCUCCACGUUGCUGCUAAGUACGGCCAUGAACUGCUGAUCAGCACUCUAAUGACCAACGGAGCAGACACGGCCAGACGUGGGAUCAAUGGAAUGUUCCCCCUGCACUUAGCUGUGCUGUACGGGUUUUCAGACUGUUGUCGCAAGUUACUCUCCUCAGGUCAGCUGUAUAGCAUAGUUUCAUCCAUGAGUAAGGAGCAUGUACUUUCGGCUGGGUUUGACAUAAACACCCCUGACAACUUUGGGAGGACCUGUCUACACGCUGCUGCCUCUGGAGGAAAUGUUGAAUGUCUGAACUUGCUCUUAAGUAGCGGUACCGACUUGAAUAAGAGGGACGUAAUGGGAAGGACACCGUUGCACUAUGCGGCUGCUAAUGGGAGGUACCAGUGCACUGUGACCCUAGUGGGCGCUGGCGCUGAGGUCAACGAGCCUGACCAGACAGGCUGUACUCCCCUGCACUACUCUGCCGCCUCCCAAGCCUUCAGCAGAGUUGAUCGUCAUUUUACUGGGAACCAUCAGAAUGAUGAAGAUGAGGCGAAGGAGUCGUACUUCUGCUUGGAGCAUCUUUUGGACAAUGGUGCUGAUCCAUCGAUGGUCAACUCAAAGGGUUACAGUGCUGUUCACUAUGCAGCUUACCAUGGCAACAAACAGAACCUGGAGCUGCUCCUGGAGAUGUCUUUUAAUGCACUUGGAGACAUAGAGAGCAGUAUUCCUGUCAGUCCUCUGCAUCUUGCUGCUGAUAAGGGCCACUGGCAGGCGCUGCGUGUGCUGACGGAGACUGCAGCCUACGUGGACAUGCAGGAUGCUGCAGGCCGUUCUGUGCUCUACUUGGCUGCCCAGAAAGGCUACGCCCGCUGUGUGGAAGUGCUGUUGGCUCAGGGGGCCUCCUGUCUCCUCAAUGACAACCGCCUCAUGUGGACCCCAAUUCAUGUUGCGGCUUCCAAUGGUCACUCUGACUGCCUGCGCAUGAUGAUUGAAUAUGGGGAGGAGGGCGAUCUCACCAACGUUGCUGACAAAUUUGGCCAGACCCCUUUGAUGCUAGCUGUUCUGGCAGGUCACACUGACUGUGUCCACUUCCUGUUGGAGAAGGGUGCCUUGCCAGAUGCCAAGGACAAGAGGAGCAGCACAGCUUUGCACAGAGGGGCGGUGUUGGGCCAUGAUGACUGCGUGACAGCCCUGCUGGAGCACAAAGCUUCUGCACUGUGUCGGGACAUCCAGGGUAGGACACCGCUGCACUAUGCUGCAUCCAGAGGCCACACAGACAUCCUGGCCAGUCUGGUUCAGGCCGCCAUGGCAACUGACCCACAAGAUAAACUGCUGGACAACAAACAAUACACCCCGUUUCACUGGGCUGCUUACAAAGGGCAUGAAGACUGUUUGGAGGUUUUACUUGAAUUCAAAACAUUUAUCCAUGAAGAGGGAAACCCUUUCACCCCCCUGCACUGUGCUCUGAUGAACGGCCACAGCGGAGCAGCAGAGAGGCUGCUGGAGUCUGCUGGGGUCCACAUGAUCAACACCAGAGAUGCCAAAGGAAGGACCCCAUUGCAUGCCGCUGCAUUUGCUGAGGAUGUUGCAGGACUUCAGCUGGUGCUUCGCCAUGGGACAGAGAUCAAUGCCGUGGACAAUAGUGGAUGCUCUGCUCUGAUGGUAGCUGCUGACAAGGGACACAGUGGCACCGUGGCCAUCCUCCUUCACCGGGCCAAGGCUGACCUGACUCUGCUGGAUGAGAACAAGAACACCGCCCUGCACUUGGCCUGCAGCAAGGCUCAUGAGAUGUGUGCCCUGCUGAUUCUGGGAGAGAUCCACAGUCCCACACUUAUAAAUGCCACCAACAGCGCUCUGCAAAUGCCCCUCCAUCUUGCAGCACGUAAUGGCCUGGCUACGGUGGUGCAGGCACUGCUGAGUAGAGGAGCCACUGUGCUGGCUGUGGAUGAGGAAGGCCACACCCCAGCCCUGGCCUGUGCUCCCAACAAGGACGUGGCAGACUGCCUGGCUCUAAUCCUCUCUACCAUGAAGCCUUUCCCCCAGCGGGACCCUUCCUCCUGCUCCUGCUCCUCUCCCACCGUCUCCCCCUCCCCGGGUCUCAACUUGCUGAAGCACUGCGGCAUCACCGCCGCCUGCGCCCCCCUGCCCAGCAACGGCCUCCACAACGGCUACGUCAAAGACCGCCACGGUGCGCCGGUUGGCCUGGACGGGUGUCUGUCUGAGUGAGGUCACAUGCCCCCCUCAGUCAGCUGCUAUCACCAUCAUCACCACCAGGGGGGGGACUCCCUUUAACAUGGCCCAGAGGACCAGGAGAGCACCCAACCACAUGUCUGUUCUCUGUGUGUGUGUGUCU